AGAUAACAGCGAACCAACUGUCCUGUAAUACGGCAUGUCGUAAAGAUUCAGCUAACAGUUGAACCGAGAUGGACACCACCGGAGACGCCUGACAGUUUGUUGUCUUUACAUCUACACCAGACAUGUUUCUGGGUUGACUUCAGGCUUCAAGCACACGGGACCGGUUGUGAACAUGGAGGCGAUGGAAGAUGACAGUUUGGACCUAAAAGACGAUCACAACCACAACUACUGUGCGAGCAGCAGCAGCAGCAGCAGCAGCAACAACAAGGUCCGCUCGUAUCUGAGCAGCCAGCUGGCGGAGGUAACCACGGUACCGGUACCGGGAGGAGGAGAACCGGGGACUCGACGGGGGAAGCUGAUGUGGACCGGCAGCAGCAGCAGCAGCACCGCGGGGUCAAAGUUCAUGGACUCGGAUUCAGGCAGUGAGAGCAGCGAAGUCAGCGAGACUGACUGCACGGCUCCUCCAGCCGCUGCUGAGGGCAAAUUCACCCUCGACUCUACUUCCAAGUUCCUUCUGAAUGCAAUGGCUGUAGAAGACUACCGCAAAAACCACUGGCCAAACCUGGAGAAGGCAAUAGACCGUCUGCUGAUUCAGAAUCCCACAGACCACAUCUCUGUGUCUUAUGCACAGAUAUACAGUUACGUCUACAAGUGUGUCUGUCAGCAGCACUCUGAGCUGCUCUACAAUGAUUUGACGUUAAAAAUAACAAAUCAUCUGCAGCAGGUUUCUACCCAUCUACAAGCCAGCCCACCUGAGGACUUCAUUGAGAACUUUAAUGUUGCGCUGACGCAAUACACAGCUUCUCUUCAAUGUAUAGUUCCUGUAUUUAUGUACUUGAACAAGUUCUACAUCGAGUCAAAGCUGAACAGAGACCUCAGAGAGGAUCUGAUGAAGCUGUUUGCCGAUCACGUCGCAGAAAUACAUGUGAACACACUGAUGCCUCUUCUCAUCAAAGCUCAUUCCAUGCCGUUUCAAGUGCAGCCAUCUACAAUGGCCAGCGUGGUUAAAGGCCUCUACAGCCUCCGACCAGACUGGGCCCAGUUAGCCCCGGCUCUCUUCUCUGGGUUUAUUCCCCAAAUCAACCCUCCUGCUGUGGAGUCUCUGCUGCCGGACUACGCCGCUCACGACCAGAAGUUACAGAUGGAGCUCUCCAUGAAUGGAUUUCCGCGAGGUGACCAGUCUCGCAAACGGGCCAGCGAUGACUCCUGAUGGCAGCGCCACCGUCGCCGCCAGAUUUGUUGCAGAACUAUUACUGUGCCUCCUACAUCUUUAUCACAAGUUGGCUCACUGCACUUGGUACAAUGUUGACAAUGUGUCAGUUUCAUCUCCCUCGACUCAAGGUCACAAAACACUGUGAACAACAAAGAGAACAUGAUGUUGGGUUGUUGAGCAGAAGCUUAAUCUUACUGCACUAAAAAGAAAAGCACACAGACUUCCAUUAUGGUGCUUCCCUCUGUGAUAAUGAUGCAUCCAGCUUCAGUAUUUGUGGGAUGCUGCUGUGUGCGCUGAGAUUGGUUUCGUCGUGUUCUCCUCAUUUGAAGAGUGCCUUCAUGGUGCCUUCUGAUCGGAUAUCCUAACGAGGGAUAGGCUGAUGAUGGGUAUUUCAUUCCUAACCUUUAACAUGGAAGUGUCUUUUUGAUAGACUGGGCUAAUCAACACUUUCUAUUGCUGCUAAUAAAACUGUCCAUGUGAUAAUACUACAACUCCCUCAGUUUCACCCACUGUGUCUGUAACCCAGUGGCUUGACUCAACACAAAUGAGUGUGGAAAGAAAUGAGAGCAAGGGGAACUAAGUCAUUGACUCAACUAUGAUUCUCUUCUUCAUGUUGCCUUUACUGUGUUGGUAAACCGGAUUGUAUUUUCCUGUUACGCCAAAGAGGAUUUUUUUUCUUUUUAUAUAUAUAAUGCAUUGGAUUCAAGCUGACAUUGUUAAUGUUGUAUACUGUCUGAGUCACUGAGCCAUUUAAUUUUUUGAUACUAGCAAGUUUUGAGCUUUGGUUGACCUGUUUGUUUGUUUGUUUGUUUGUUUGUUGGGCUUGAGUCAAAUUUAACUUUAAAUAUCACCUGUCUGUGUUAGCCUUGCAUGUAGGAUUGGUAGGGAUUGCCAUUUAGGACAUUACACUGUUUGCCAGACAGCUUAAACAACAACAGAAUAGUGUUUGACAAUUUCCUAAUUUUACUACAGUUUGUUUGACAACUUGCCUAAAUCAUCCCUAAACUGUAAAUACAUCGAAUCUGAUGCAUGGAUGGCCCGAGUCUGGCGUACUUGUGCAUUAAAUGUUCCUAACAUGUAUAGCCUGUUCAUGAUGUAAAUAGUUUUUGGUCUUUGCAUAGUGAGUCAGUGUACACUAGCUUUUGUCACAGAUGCAUUUUUGUUAAAUGAUUCACAUGAAUAGUAUUUGAUACAAUGUCUUACACUGUUUUAAGUGUAGACGCUCAGGCUUGCUUUUGGUUUCUGUGAGUCUUGAAAAUGGUUCUCGUUGACUUUCAAAUAAACUAAUUUCAUUAAUCGUGGGGCACAGAGGUGGUUUUAUUUUUCACUAUUCAAUAUUUAAAAUCUGGGCAAAUGUCUUUCUCUUCAAUAAGUAGGCAUUACGAUAAACCUGAAGAAGUAGAAGAAAGUCAGACUGACUGCAGAUGCCAAACACUGGACGUACUGAUUUCCUUGCUGAGAUAUCACUUUCUCUCUAACAUGCUGCAAAAAAAUAUCCAUGUUGAAAAACAACUGAACAACUGUGAAUAAACUUCCACUUGGCUCAAAUGCUGUUCCAGAAAUAUGUUACAAAUAAAUCUUUUUUCUAAAACC